CCCGCCAAAUGUUGUGACGUCAUUUUGGACAUUCUGUAUAUAUAGAUUCUAGUUAAUACAAAUUCUUCUUUAAUGGGAAUGAACUAUUGGCAAGACUGUUUAAUGCGACUCUGUAACGUUGGUAGAAACAGGUAGAAAUAUCUCGGGGCGAAAAAUUGAAAGACGUAUUGUAAAGAAGGUUCAGGUUAUGAUAUGUUUUUCUCGAGGGACCUGGCAUUGGCAAAACUUCUCUUGAGUACUAAGCUGUUUUAAUUAUUUUAUUUAUUUUUAGUGCUCAUGAUAUUUUGAUGGGCUUUAGUGAAAAUGAGUGCAUAUCCAGGAACAGCAACUCUUCUGGAAGAAUUGGAUAAAAAGUUGAUGGUACUUCUUCGAGAUGGACGAACACUCAUUGGGUACCUCCGAACCGUAGAUCAAUUUGCCAAUUUGGUACUACAUAAUACGAUCGAGAGAAUUCACGUUGGUAAAGAAUAUGGAGACAUCCCUAGAGGAGUUUUCAUUGUGCGUGGAGAAAAUGUGGUUCUCUUGGGUGAAAUUGACAAAGAUAAAGAAAACGAUUUGCCUUUAAAAAAGGUUUCUGUUGAUGAUAUUUUAGAUGCUCAACGAAGAGAACAAGAAGCUAAACAAGAACAAGAAAGACUGCUUGCAAAGGCACUAAAAGAAAGAGGACUUCAUUACAUUCCAGACUUGAGUCAUGAUGACAUGUUUUAAUUGCUUUUGAGGCAACAGUUGGCAGUGAGACAUAUCUCCUUUAAAAAACUACUGUCAUUAUAAUGUGAAAAAAUUUCAAAAGUUAAUUCCUCUUAAAGAAAGUGUUAAUUUUGCGGUUUAUAUUUUAUUCAGCUCGAAAUUGUGUUUUUUUUCAUACAUUUCUCAAAAAUAAUCUUCAUUUCAGUUUCUUAAAAAUAAUCCAUUUUAAAUGUGUCUUGCUGUGAACUGUGUGACCUUGAUAUAUGAUAAAUGAAUCUUACUGUACAUUAAUUUAUUUUUUUGAGUACUAUGUCCAGCAGGGAUGAAAAGGUCAUUUGAUCAGUUACCCUAAUAGCAUUUUGUACAUAAAGUGAUAUAUCUUUUGUUAAGAAAAUAAAUUUUGCUUUGAGGUUAUGAGGUCAAAUGUGUAGGUAAUUCAUAUUUUUUUAAGUUAUUAUUUGUACAGAAUGUGGUCUUCAAACAAGAUGGUAAUUAAAUUGACAUCUGAAAAAUAUAUUUACAUUUAUUAGAGACCCUUUCCUUUCAUCUUCCAUUUUCAUAAAUCUUUAAAAAUAUAACUUUGUACAAAAAAUGGCUGUAACUUUGAAGAAACACACUACCAAAAUAAGCAGCUUAUCUGAAUUUAUUUUGUAAAUUUGUUUUUACAGUUGCGAACAUUUACAAGUUGUCUUUUGUACUAGAAGGAAUAGCAUGAUAAGUAAUUACAAUGAAAGGGAGCAAUGUAUGAGUAAUUAAAAAAAAAUAAUAAAAGAAAUAAAAUUUGAAUGAUGCCGAAAAACAGUUUAAUUCUAGUGAAACUACCAAUUAAAAUUAAUUUCAUUAGAGUUGUAUAAAUGCUUUUGUAAAAAAGAACUACAAUAUUGCAACAUAAUUUUACUAAUGUGAUCAAGGAUUGUCGUAAGGUUUUGACAUUACUUUAUUUACGUUACUCUAUUGUGGAAGAAAAUAUUCUCUGCAAUGCACACAGCAAAAAUGUUAUAGCUAGUUCUUAAAAAAAAUCCUAAACAAGAAUAUUUUGUUUAUUACUCAACAAUGAAGAUUAGAAACUCAGCUGCUCACUCUGAAUUGGAAGCUUCUCUGACAAAUGUAAAUCAAGUUAUUAAUGAAAAUAUUAGUAUGUGGAAUUAUCUUUUGGUCGGGCCUGAGUCUCACCAUGUAAAAUUAAGGCAUUCAUUCAUGUGCAAAUUUGUGUUUUUAAUGAUUAUCAGGAAACAGAUUUAUACAGACUAACAAUAAUGAUAAAUGUAAAUAUAUAUGUAGUUAUUUUUAUCAAAGUAUGGAGUUAAACAUGGACUUAAUAUGAUAAAAAAAAUGACAAAAUAAUAUUUUAUUGUCAGUCGAUAAACUAUCAGCUUUAAAUUCUGAAUCUAAUAUCUAAUUUUAUGCUAGCUGAUUGUGCUAAUUUAGACAUUUUACUCUGACUUAACUCAAAGAUUAUUAGAACUGAACCAACAUGUGAUAUUCGGACAGGAAUGUAACUGACAAUGAGGAGCUGUAUAAGGUGAAUUCUGAUGUCCAAGCCUCUGCAUGCCUGUGGCAUCAUGUGAGUUCCAGAUGGCAGCCUCAGAGAGAAGGAGCAGGUGUAGUGUGGAUACUAAAACAAGGUUCGUUUCCCACAGACCAUUGAAGUCUCAAGAUCAUUUGCCAAACAAAUCUAAUACUUAUAGCCUCCUUGUGCCCAUCUUGUUGUGGGACACUCAGGUCCCUCAGACAGGACCUUGUGGCCAGAGAGUGGAUCUAUUCUUCACAUACCUUAACAUUUUCUUAACUCACUUUCCCAUUGUCAAUUCUCUGUAAUAAUAAAACAAUAACAAACAAACUUGUAUGUUUAAGAAUUAAAAGAAAAUAAUUAAGUUAUGUUUGUUGAGAUUAAUAUUUAAUGAAAUUUCACUGUUAAGUAUAAUAUGCUAUAUGGAC